AGCCAUAGCGAGCUGUAGAGCGGCCUGCCUGAGAUCAGGGUGCGGCGAGAGCCAGGCCAUGGCCACGCCGAAUUUGCACCUGAGGAGUUCAAAGGGGACAGCCAGCAUUUCAAGGCGAUCUUCAGUGCUUCGCAGGCUGCUGUUUGGCAGCGUUGCGGCAGCUUUGCUGGCAGCAGGCAGCUUGCGCCUGGGACGGCAUUUUGACGCUUCCGCCAAUCCAGGAGCCGACUCAGCAGAGGCUGCUGCGCCUGAUGCUGAAACGGCACAUCAGCUUAGGACCCAAGUGGCAGGACCCAUGCGUGACUGGUGGAAGCCCUGCGCACUAGUGGGUGGAACUUGUCAGUGCGUGGGCACUCUUGUUUUUAGCACAAUCCUCGGAGAUGCUGUGCGAGAGAUCAACUCGGAUGGAGAGGUAUCAUGUACAGCGGAGGCCCUUGGGGCACCGGCCAGCCGAAAUUUGAAGAUGUGCUGGUGCCAGGAAGGGCUUGAAUGGGACAACGAAGUGCGAAAGGGAUUGGCUUCACUGGUGCGACAGGGCUUGACGCCUCGGGUGGAGAUUGCCUCUGAUGAGGCAUCCGAGCCUGGGUGUGAUGCCGCCAGCGACGGUCUUUGGUAUGGUUGCGUGGUUAUGAGCCGGCGAUGGGACACCACCGUCAUUCCACAGGUCAUGGCGCGGACUGCACCUGCGGAGGAGCAGCUCGACAUGGCACUGCGAAAAUUAGACGCUUGCCACCGCCUUUCACCGGGGGCAUCUUUGCGAGUUCUUGGAGUCCGCAGUGGCCAAGCCACUGAUGCUCCAGCACUGCCAGUGCACCACUCGCGAGUAUGCUCCAUCGUGUAUACGCCUGCUGAAGGAGUGACGUGGACUGCUCACACUCCAGUGCUUCACUGUGCUACAGAGCCGGGAACAUGCACAACCACGCCAUGUGAGUGCCGAAAAUCAUCCGACAGGAAGUUGGAGCUUCGCACUCCUCAGGGGCGAAGAUGCUGGGCCUGCUCUGAAAGUGGCAAAGAGUACACCUUCAGAGUGAAUUCACUGGCAGAACACAUGGAAGGGCAGUCUGUGUCAUGGUGGCCACCGUAUGGAAUCAACAGUCCACCAAUUCUUUGGAUCUUCAUGGAUUUCUGGGCUGUGGUGGAGGGAUGUCCUGUCAUUGCUGGCUACAUGUUCCUCUUCUUCUGCUGUCUGCUGAUCCGCAAGUCAGAGGAGCUUAGUGGUGGCUUGAUUCCUUGGACACGCUGCGUUCCAAUCUUCGGCCCAGCCUUAAAGCGUGGUGAGGUGUGGCGCUUCUUUACCUUCACCUUUUUCCACUUGCAGUUUCUGGACCUUUUUCAAAACCUUCUUACUUUGCUGGACACUCUGGAUGUGGAGGGCACACCUCCCAUCAUUCUGGGUGAUGGCUCCAACUUGAAGUGUGGCGUUGGUGCGAAGCAAAACUUCAUGUGCUAUCCCAGCAUUGGCUUGGGAUCGACGCACACCUUGGGUGUGUCCUUGGUAAGUGCAGCGAUCGGGGGUAUGUGCAGCACCUGGGUGAAGUUCAGCGAUGUUGUUGCAGGUGCAUCUGCCCUUGGCUUUGGGCUGUCUGGUGCCAUUGUCGCACUCUAUGCGCUGUAUGCAGGCGCGGACUUGGACUCAACCUCAAGCGUUCAACGCAGCUUCAAGGACUGGGUAUGGCUUCGGUUGAUAUUUGUUGCCUUCCACAUUGCGAUGGAGUUUGUGCGGGGGAUGUCCCAGAGGGACAUUGCUGGACUUUGGGCACAUACCACUGCCUUCAUCAGCGGCUUUGCGUACGUGCUGUACUUUUUGCCCCCCAUGGGCGACGGCACGCUGCUCUCCGCUGAGCGGCCCUACGUUGUGGCUUGUGCUUAUGACAGCAGUGGCUUUUCAUCCUCAGCACCGGAAUGCGUCCGGCUUUUCUCUAGCGUUUACGAGUACCAGGUGUCUGAUGUCCAGCGACAAGCAUUCCUGUUUUUCUCCACUGUUAUUGGCUGGACUGCAUUCAAUGCAGUCGUACUUCAACGAAGAGUAAAAUCCACUGACGCAGUGCUCCUUGCCGGAUCUGAAGUCAGUGCAGUUUGCUGUAAUCGUCAGGGCAAACCAGGAGGAGAUGGACUGGCUUCCAAUAUGGAAAGCAAGGAGGUUAUCCUCUGGUGUGAGGUGCUUGCUACUGUCGGCUGGCGGCCUCCCCCGGGUACAGAAGAAGCUGAACGAAAGCUGGUGGCAAGGUGCAUCAAUCAGGACCCUUCACACAGCCAAGGAGGAUUGUUGGACCUUCCAGCAGAAGCAGAAGCUGGCUCCCACAAUGUAGCAGGCAAGGAUCUCAUGAGCUUCAGAGAGAACAUUUUCCUGCCUGUGCUGUUCAAGCCAAAGGGCAGCUACAUCCAGUUUGUACUGUAUGAUUUGGAUCCCCAGAAGAAGCCCAUCGCCUUUGCUUCUAUCACUCUUUCGCAGGCACUACGCUCAAAGGGUGAACAGAGAAUGAAACUCCAGCCCAUGGAGAGUGCAAAAGGCUCCUGGCCGAAGGCCGCAUCAGGCUGUUUGCCUUGGCGGCUUUCACCACAGAUCAUAGUGAAAUUUAGGUAUAUUGAAGCCUUGAAAGCUAUUGAGAUCAAAGAAACAGCAAAGAUUCGACUUGAAUUUAUGAAAGAAGAGAUCCGAAAAGCGGAAGAGCAGUUGGAUGACUUACAAAAGCAGAAAGCUACCCUUGAGCAGGAACCUGAGAGCUGACAGCUGAAGGCGCCAAGGGUGAAAAUGGUGAGUG